AUGUCGACUGCAAACCCCGAGUACCUGCGCUUGACGGGCCACAAAUCCUUCACCCACCGCCUCAUCCUCUCGACCCUCACCGGCAGACCCGUCCACAUCUCUGGCAUCCGCAGCUCGUCUCCCACCGCACCCGGACUUGCCCCCCAUGAAGUCUCCUUCCUGCGCCUCCUCGAGGCUGUCACCAACGGCAGCUCCAUGCAGAUCUCCUACACCGGCACAACGAUAACAUAUCACCCUGGUUUGAUCACCGGCACCGUGGCCGGAGCAGGCGCCGCCUCGGACGAUGUCAUCGAGCACGCGCUGCCCGCAAAUUGCUCCAGGGGCGUCACCUACUUCCUGCUGCCACUGGCCCUCCUCGCACCCUUUUCAAAAGCACACAUGAACGUCCGCUUCUCGGGGCCAGGCGUCAUCACCUCCGCGACCAACACCGGCGACAUGUCCGUCGAUUCCUUCCGCACAGCCAUCCUCCCACUCUACGCCCUCUUCGGCAUCCCUCCCGCGCGCAUCGAGCUCCGCGUGCUGCAAAGAUCCUGCCCGGGGCCCAGGGGCGGCGGCGGCGGCGGCUCGGUCGAGCUGCGCUUCGCCAGCCAGGUGCGCCUCCCGAAGACCCUGCAUCUCAACAGGUCGCCCGGGCGGAUACGGAGGAUCCGCGGUGUCGCAUAUUGCACAGGUGUGUCGGCGAGUAAUAACGCUCGCAUGAUCCACGAGGCGAGGAAGGUGCUGAACCCACUGGUGUCGGACAUACACAUCGCUGCGCAGUACGACACUGCGCCGCUGGUGCCAGACAAGAACGCGCCUGGGAAGGGAAAGAAGAAGCUGGGCAUAGGCUUUGGGCUGAGCCUGGUGGCAGAGUCUAGUGUGCCAGGUGUGUUGUACUCUGCGGAUGUUGUUGCACCGCCAGAGGGUGGUGUGGUCCCGGAGGAUAUUGGUACGCGAUGCGCAUAUCAGCUCGCCGAGACAAUACAACAAGGAGGAUGUGUGACGUGGUCGGCAGCCAGAACGAUUCUCACGCUGAUGGCUAUGGGGUCAGAAGACGUCGGACGAUUGAGGUUAAGCAAGGAUACUGUGGGUACUGAGGAGGUUUUGCAGCUGGCCAGGGAUUUAAGGAGUUUCGGCGGAGCAAGCUGGGGCCUACGACCUGUUGAAGAUGACGAUUCGGGUGAUAUAUUGGUAUCUGUGAAAGGCUCUGGAGUCGGGAAUGUGGGCAGGAAGAUCGCAUAA